GCCGAGAGCGCGGCCGGGACGGUUGGAGAAGGAGGCUGCUCCCGGGAGGGGGAGAGACACACUGCUAACCUCUGCCGUUCAGGACCCGGUUAUUUAUUUAUUCGUUACCCCUUUUCUUCUUCCUUCCCCCCAGAACCCUUUCCUUUCCCUCCCCCCCUUUUUUUCCUUUUGGGGGCCGAAAAAUACCUCCGGAACCGGAGAGGAGAGCGCCUUUCGCUCUUUUUCGUUUCCCCGCCUCCUUCCCUCCCCCACCCUUCCCUCCACCGGGUUUUUUCCUCCCUUCUCUGGGAGGUCUUUCCCGGUGGCCGCCCCAACGGGGUCUGAGCGCCUAGGUGGAGGCGGCGCAGGCUUUUUGUAGUGGGGUUUGCGCCUGCGCAGCGCGUCGGCCUCCGCGAUGCACGGAGGAGGCCCCCCCUCCGGGGACAGCGCAUGCCCGCUGCGCACCAUCAAGAGAGUGCAGUUUGGAGUGCUCAGUCCGGACGAACUGAAGCGAAUGUCAGUGACAGAGGGUGGUAUCAAAUACCCAGAAACUACAGAGGGAGGCCGCCCCAAGCUUGGGGGCCUGAUGGAUCCAAGGCAAGGGGUGAUUGAGCGAACUGGUCGCUGCCAGACGUGUGCAGGAAAUAUGACAGAGUGUCCUGGGCACUUCGGCCACAUUGAGCUGGCCAAACCUGUAUUCCAUGUGGGCUUCUUGGUGAAGACAAUGAAAGUUUUACGCUGUGUCUGUUUCUUCUGCUCUAAAUUGCUCGUGGACUCUAAUAAUCCGAAGAUCAAAGACAUUUUGGCCAAGUCUAAGGGACAGCCGAAGAAGCGACUUACCCAUGUCUAUGACCUUUGCAAGGGCAAAAACAUCUGUGAGGGUGGGGAGGAAAUGGAUAACAAGUUUGGCGUGGAGCAGCCUGAAGGCGAUGAGGAUUUAACCAAAGAAAAGGGCCAUGGUGGCUGUGGGCGCUAUCAGCCCCGGAUCCGGCGCUCUGGUCUGGAACUGUAUGCAGAGUGGAAGCAUGUCAACGAGGACUCUCAAGAGAAGAAGAUCUUGCUGAGCCCUGAGCGAGUACAUGAAAUCUUCAAACGCAUCUCAGAUGAGGAGUGUUUUGUACUGGGUAUGGAGCCUCGCUUUGCCCGGCCCGAGUGGAUGAUCGUCACAGUGCUACCUGUGCCCCCACUGUCUGUGCGGCCUGCCGUGGUGAUGCAGGGCUCUGCUCGCAACCAGGAUGACUUGACUCACAAACUGGCUGACAUCGUGAAGAUCAACAAUCAGCUUCGGCGCAAUGAGCAGAAUGGUGCAGCGGCCCAUGUCAUUGCUGAGGAUGUGAAACUCCUCCAGUUCCAUGUGGCCACCAUGGUGGACAAUGAACUGCCUGGCCUCCCCCGUGCCAUGCAGAAGUCUGGUCGUCCCCUCAAGUCCCUGAAGCAGCGAUUAAAAGGCAAAGAGGGCCGAGUGCGCGGGAACCUGAUGGGCAAGCGAGUGGACUUUUCUGCCCGUACCGUCAUCACCCCCGACCCCAACCUCUCCAUUGACCAGGUUGGCGUACCUCGCUCCAUUGCCGCCAACAUGACCUUUGCGGAGAUUGUCACCCCCUUCAACAUUGACAGACUUCAGGAACUCGUGCGCAGGGGUAACAGCCAGUACCCAGGGGCCAAGUACAUCAUUCGAGACAAUGGUGAUCGCAUUGACCUGCGUUUCCACCCCAAGCCCAGUGACCUUCACCUGCAGACUGGCUACAAGGUGGAACGACAUAUGUGCGACGGGGACAUUGUUAUCUUUAAUCGGCAGCCAACUUUGCACAAAAUGUCCAUGAUGGGCCAUCGGGUUCGCAUCUUACCAUGGUCUACUUUUCGUUUGAACCUGAGUGUGACGACUCCAUACAAUGCUGAUUUUGAUGGAGACGAAAUGAAUUUGCAUCUGCCUCAGUCUCUGGAGACUCGGGCAGAGAUCCAGGAACUUGCCAUGGUCCCGCGCAUGAUCGUCACUCCCCAAAGCAACCGCCCCGUCAUGGGCAUCGUGCAGGACACACUCACCGCAGUGCGCAAAUUCACCAAGAGAGACGUCUUCCUGGAGCGGGGUGAAGUGAUGAACCUCCUAAUGUUCCUGUCCACAUGGGAUGGGAAGGUCCCACAACCAGCCAUCCUGAAACCUCGACCCUUAUGGACGGGCAAACAGAUCUUCUCCCUCAUCAUACCGGGCCACAUCAACUGUAUCCGCACCCACAGCACCCAUCCUGAUGAUGAGGACAGUGGCCCUUACAAACACAUAUCUCCUGGGGACACCAAAGUGGUAGUGGAGAAUGGAGAGUUGAUCAUGGGCAUCCUGUGUAAAAAGUCUCUGGGCACAUCAGCUGGCUCCCUGGUCCACAUCUCCUACCUGGAGAUGGGUCAUGACAUCACUCGCCUCUUCUACUCUAACAUUCAAACUGUCAUUAACAACUGGCUCCUCAUCGAAGGUCAUACCAUUGGUAUUGGGGACUCUAUUGCUGAUUCUAAGACUUACCAGGACAUUCAGAACACUAUUAAGAAGGCCAAACAGGAUGUAAUAGAGGUCAUUGAGAAGGCGCAUAACAAUGAGCUGGAGCCGACCCCAGGGAACACUCUGCGGCAGACUUUUGAGAAUCAGGUGAAUCGCAUUCUCAACGAUGCUCGAGACAAGACUGGUUCCUCUGCCCAGAAAUCCCUGUCUGAGUACAACAACUUUAAAUCUAUGGUGGUAUCUGGCGCCAAAGGUUCCAAGAUCAACAUCUCUCAGGUCAUUGCUGUUGUCGGGCAGCAGAACGUGGAGGGCAAGCGGAUCCCAUUUGGAUUCAAGCACAGGACUCUGCCCCAUUUUAUUAAAGAUGAUUAUGGGCCUGAGAGCCGUGGCUUUGUGGAAAACUCUUACUUGGCUGGCCUCACACCCACUGAGUUCUUCUUCCAUGCCAUGGGGGGUCGUGAGGGGCUCAUUGACACAGCUGUCAAGACUGCUGAGACUGGUUACAUCCAGCGGCGAUUGAUCAAAUCCAUGGAGUCUGUGAUGGUGAAGUAUGAUGCAACAGUGCGCAACUCCAUCAACCAGGUGGUACAGCUACGCUAUGGCGAGGAUGGACUGGCAGGCGAGAGCGUUGAGUUCCAGAAUCUGGCUACCCUGAAGCCUUCCAAUAAGGCUUUUGAGAAAAAGUUCCGCUUUGAUUACACUAACGAGAGAGCCCUCCGCCGCACUCUGCAGGAGGAUCUGGUGAAGGAUGUGCUGAGCAAUGCACACAUUCAGAAUGAGCUGGAAAGAGAAUUUGAACGGAUGCGCGAGGAUCGGGAGGUGCUCAGGGUCAUCUUCCCAACUGGUGACAGCAAGGUCGUCCUCCCCUGUAACCUGCUGCGCAUGAUCUGGAAUGCUCAGAAAAUCUUUCACAUCAACCCUCGCCUCCCCUCUGACCUGCAUCCCAUCAAGGUGGUAGAAGGAGUCAAAGAAUUGAGCAAGAAGCUGGUGAUUGUGAAUGGGGAUGACCCGCUGAGCCGGCAGGCGCAGGAGAAUGCUACACUUCUCUUCAACAUCCACCUGCGGUCCACACUAUGCUCCCGCCGUAUGGCUGAGGAGUUUCGGCUCAGUGGAGAGGCCUUCGACUGGCUGCUGGGUGAGAUCGAGUCCAAGUUCAACCAAGCCAUUGCCCACCCUGGGGAAAUGGUGGGAGCUCUGGCUGCACAGUCCCUUGGAGAACCUGCCACCCAGAUGACCCUGAACACCUUCCACUAUGCUGGUGUGUCUGCCAAGAAUGUGACGCUGGGAGUGCCCCGGCUUAAGGAGCUCAUUAAUAUUUCUAAGAAACCGAAGACCCCCUCCCUUACUGUCUUUCUGCUGGGCCAGUCUGCUCGAGAUGCUGAGAGAGCCAAGGACAUUCUCUGCCGUCUGGAACAUACUACAUUGAGGAAGGUGACUGCCAACACAGCCAUCUACUAUGACCCUAACCCCCAGAGCACAGUGGUCGCAGAGGAUCAGGAAUGGGUGAAUGUCUACUAUGAGAUGCCUGACUUUGAUGUGGCUCGAAUCUCGCCUUGGCUUUUGCGGGUGGAGCUGGACCGGAAGCACAUGACUGACCGGAAGUUGACCAUGGAGCAGAUUGCUGAAAAGAUCAAUGCUGGUUUUGGUGAUGAUUUGAAUUGUAUCUUUAAUGACGACAAUGCAGAGAAAUUGGUUCUCCGAAUUCGCAUCAUGAAUAGUGAUGAAAACAAGAUGCAAGAGGAGGAAGAAGUGGUGGACAAGAUGGAUGAUGAUGUUUUCUUGCGCUGCAUUGAGUCCAACAUGCUGACAGAUAUGACCCUGCAGGGCAUUGAGCAGAUCAGUAAGGUGUACAUGCACUUGCCACAAACAGACAACAAGAAGAAGAUCAUCAUCACAGAGGAUGGGGAGUUCAAGGCCCUGCAGGAGUGGAUCCUGGAGACGGAUGGUGUGAGCCUGAUGCGGGUGCUGAGUGAGAAGGAUGUGGACCCCGUUCGCACCACAUCCAAUGACAUUGUGGAGAUAUUCACGGUGCUGGGCAUUGAAGCUGUGCGAAAGGCACUGGAGCGGGAGCUGUACCAUGUCAUCUCCUUUGACGGUUCCUACGUCAAUUACCGACAUUUGGCGCUCUUGUGUGAUACCAUGACCUGUCGAGGCCACUUGAUGGCCAUCACCAGACAUGGAGUUAACCGACAGGACACUGGCCCGCUCAUGAAAUGCUCCUUUGAGGAAACGGUGGAUGUGCUUAUGGAAGCUGCCGCGCACGGGGAGAGUGACCCCAUGAAGGGAGUGUCUGAGAAUAUCAUGCUGGGCCAGCUAGCUCCAGCUGGCACUGGCUGUUUUGACCUCCUGCUUGAUGCCGAGAAGUGCAAGUAUGGCAUGGAAAUCCCCACGAAUAUCCCUGGCUUGGGCGCUGCUGGACCCACUGGCAUGUUCUUUGGCUCAGCACCCAGUCCCAUGGGAGGAAUUUCUCCAGCCAUGACUCCCUGGAACCAGGGUGCAACCCCAGCCUAUUGUUCCUGGUCUCCCAGUGUAGGAAGUGGAAUGACCCCAGGCGCAGCUGGCUUCUCUCCCAGCGCUGCUUCAGAUGCCAGUGGUUUCAGUCCAGGCUAUUCUCCUGCCUGGUCUCCUACCCCAGGCUCCCCAGGCUCCCCGGGGCCCUCAAGCCCGUACAUCCCAUCACCAGGUGGUGCAAUGUCUCCCAGCUACUCACCAACGUCACCUGCCUACGAACCUCGUUCACCUGGGGGCUAUACACCCCAGAGUCCCUCGUACUCCCCUACUUCACCUUCUUACUCCCCUACUUCUCCAUCCUAUUCUCCAACCAGCCCCAACUACAGCCCCACAUCUCCGAGCUACUCACCGACCUCUCCCAGCUACUCGCCGACCUCUCCCAGCUACUCCCCAACUUCUCCAAGUUACUCUCCUACUUCUCCCAGCUACUCCCCAACUUCUCCAAGCUACUCGCCCACAUCACCUAGCUACUCUCCAACUUCUCCCAGCUACUCCCCAACUUCUCCAAGUUACUCUCCAACUUCUCCCAGCUAUUCCCCAACCUCUCCAAGCUAUUCACCAACAUCACCAAGCUACUCGCCAACGUCUCCGAGCUAUUCACCAACAUCACCGAGCUACUCGCCAACUUCCCCAAGUUACUCACCCACGAGUCCUAACUAUUCUCCAACCAGUCCCAAUUACACCCCAACAUCUCCCAGCUAUAGUCCAACAUCACCUAGCUACUCGCCCACAAGUCCCAACUAUACACCAACGAGUCCGAACUACAGCCCAACUUCUCCCAGCUACUCGCCCACCUCACCAAGCUACUCUCCCACUUCACCAAGUUACUCCCCUUCAAGCCCACGAUACACACCUCAGUCUCCCACCUAUACCCCGAGCUCUCCCAGCUACAGCCCCAGCUCUCCCAGCUACAGUCCUACCUCACCGAAAUAUACUCCGACCAGUCCUUCCUACAGUCCCAGCUCACCAGAAUAUACCCCAACUUCUCCCAAGUACUCACCGACCAGCCCAAAGUACUCUCCUACUUCUCCCAAGUACUCUCCUACCAGCCCCACUUACUCACCCACCACCCCAAAAUACUCCCCAACCUCUCCUACAUACUCCCCAACCUCUCCAGUUUACACCCCGACGUCCCCCAAGUACUCGCCUACUAGCCCCACUUACUCCCCCACCUCACCCAAGUACUCGCCUACUAGCCCCACCUAUUCUCCCACCUCCCCCAAAGGCUCUACUUACUCGCCCACUUCACCUGGCUACUCGCCCACCAGCCCCACUUACAGUCUCACCAGCCCGGCCAUCAGCCCGGAUGACAGUGAUGAGGAGAAUUGAGGCUGAGCAGGGGGCAGCAGCAGCUGGCUAGGGAGAUGGGCAGCUUCAGUGGUAUUGCAGUCCUCUUGCCUCCGCGCUCUCCGCCUUCUUGGGGCACAGUCUCCCAGCCCAGCUCCCUUGUACAUAGUUCUUUGUGACAAAGUUCCCCAUUGAAGUCCUGAUCCCAUUUCCAGUAGGACUUUCCUUGUUUUCCAGUUGUGCUCUGUCAGAAACUGACUUUGGGAUCUCCUUCCUACCCCUCUCACCCACGGUCGGGCCCAAAAUUGAGUCUCCUCCUUUGUCUGUGUCUUGAUUUUGGGGGUAAAAGAUGUUUUAACUUCUUAAGGUAGCUCCUGCUUUUGUUUGUUUCAUCUGGUCUUUGAGAAGAACAAAGCUAAUGCUGCCUUUUGUCUGUUAUUUUAUUUUUUGAAGUUCAAAUAAAGUUUACUAAUUUUG